UGGCUUCCAUAACAUAUCAUGACAGUCUGACUUCUGUUUUCUAAAGUGUUGUGUGUGAAAAUUUCAUAAUAUUAUAAUUGGUGCUAUGUAGCUUUUGUUAAACUAAAUGGGAAACAUGACUUCGGGAGUCACCGCAUCCCCUUACUCAAAGAAAAUGCGCAGCCUUCCCUUGCAAGGAAGAGCACCACAAAGCAUACAACCCACGCAAGAUUUAUCCAAAAGCGUACAACUCCAAAGUGGGAAAAUUGAAACUUUACAAGCUUACAACAUGAACCCUCAAGGAACAUCUCAACUUUUACAAUCCAAGUGUGGGGAAUGCAAACCCGCAGAAGCUAUGGAUGUGGAGCUCUUACAACCAGGGUCUGGGAAACCCGAAUGUGUACAGCCUAUGGAUUUGAACCUUUUACAAUCUGGGUCUGGAAACAUAGAGUGUGUGCAACCCGAAGAUGUGCACAUUUCACAAUCCGAGUCUGGGAAUGCUGAAUUUGGGCAAUCUAAGGAAGGGAAUCUCUUACAACACAAGUCUGAGAACAUUGAAUUUGGGAAAGUUGAGGAAGCAAAUCUCUUACAAACAGAGUCUGGGAAUGCUGAAUGUGUACAACUAGAAGGUGUGGUGCUCUUACAACCUACGUCUGAGAACACUGAAUGUGUACAACCUGACGGUGCAAUGGUCUUACAACACGAGUCUGAGAAUGCUGAAUGUGUACAACCUGAUGAUGCAAUGGUCCUACAACCCGAGUCUGAGAAUGCUGAAUGUGUACGAGAGGAUGUGAUGGUCUUACAACCCGCGUCUGAGAAUGCUGAAUGUGUACGAGAGGAUGUGAUGGUCUUACAACCCGAGUCUGAGAAUGCUGAAUGUGAAAGUGUACAAUCUCAGACUGGUAAAUCUAAACAAGUACAAUCCCAACAAAGCAAAAUUAAUCCUGUGCAAUGGAAAAAACUAAAACAACGGAAAGGCAUCACCAAACAUUUACAACAAAAACGAAAAAGAAAUAGGAGUACACAACGACUGCCAAAGAAACCGAAACAACCUCUUGCUAAACCACCUGUGUCCCUUCGAAUGCAAACAAAGAUUGCGAUACAAAAUUCACAGAAAGAUGUUAUUCAAGUAUUAACGUUUGCUGAGGAAAGAAAACGCAUGCGCAUGGAUACCACAGGUUGGACCGCGUUACAUGACGCGUGCUUUCAAGGUCAACAAAAAGUAGUAAAAGAUUUACUUAAGGGUGGUGCCCUAGUAAACGAUAAAGGCCCAAACGGUGAUACACCACUUUUUGAUGCUGUAUCUGCAGACAAUAUUAAAUUAGUCAAGUUGCUUAUCACACAUGGUGCAGACCCUCAUAUUAAAAACUUCCAAGGUGUAGAAGCAUCUUUUUAUGCAAACGAUAAGAUCAAGAAAUUUCUACAAACGAUUAAAGAAAAAACCCAGGUGACUAAUGAUAAUGAGUCUACAUCUGGCCCUAAACGGAACUACACUGACGGGCAGUUGAGCACCGAGACCACCGACGAUGACAUCACCAAGAAGAAGAAGAAAAAGGAAGCAGAAGACAAGGAGCCCAUGGCGAAACCCGUCGCCACAGCGCGCAGUGGUCCCGGACGUGCUCCGAGUGGCACCAAGCCGCCCGGACCGGCCAGCAAGACGGGCGCCGCGCCGCUGGGCAAGAGCGGCGGCAAGGGCUCCUCCAAGACACAAUCCGGAAAGGGCGCCGGAGGAAAAGUAAACAAUCAACUGCAUCAAAAAGGAGGGAAAUCGCAGUCCCAGAGCAAACAGGAUAGGAAGAGUCCGGUGCAAAGCCAGAAGUCGAGUCAAUCUAAAGAUGCCGGUGAUGGAGAUACCGAAGAAGUGAAGUCGGAGUCUGGUCCCAAGGUGCCGCCGCUCAAGAUCGUCAUCCCGGGAGGCGCCGGCGGCUCGGGUGGUCGGAAUGAACAAGAAGAAGGUGGUACAGGUCAAAGGGGCAGCGGCAAGGGUCGUGGGGGCGGGACGUUGCCCUACGUCAUCCCUUGCACCACCACCGAUGCCGGACAAACAUCUGACAGCUCUGAUGGCAACAGCGAUGAUAAAAGACUCAGUGAAUGUGGAAAGACGGGUCAGCGAGUACUGCGCUCGCACAGGACCAAUGAUGACAAGGAUAAGGGUAGAACAUCACCGCAUACUGGCGCUGAAACCAGGGGACAAGCUCUCAGUCUAAAUAAGAGCCCGCCGCAAGGAUCUAGCAAAAAACAUUUCCAGGAUCAUCACGACCAUCAUUCCAGUCGCGACACAUCAGAAUUGCACCCGAGGAAGCGUAAGAUCAAAACAUCUAAGGACAGCCACCGGGAGUCGAGACACGAGUCUACCCAGGAUACCAGCCUCGUACACGCGGUCACUCACUCCAACCCUUACCAGAUGCAUUUACAGAUCCGUAAACAGGUAGAGGAACGUCAAAAGAGCCUGUUCCCAGUAAAGCCGAAGCCACCGAAGGACUUCCACAAGUAUCUGAUGAACCGCUGCACCUACACGCUGCAAGGGAAUGUCAACCCUCCAGCUAUCGAGAUUCCGCCCAAUCUCGCACCGCUGAUGGUUGAGGAAUUCAAACGACAGGAACAAGCAAGGACACACUUGCGUAUGCAGCAUCUUGUUGAGAAAGAAAAGUUGGUGUUGUCCGUUGAACAAGAGAUAUUGAGAGUGCAUGGCCGUGCUGAACGCGCUGUUGCCAACCAGGCUCUGCCGUAUUCAGUAUGCACAGUACUCCGUGACAAGGAGGUGUGCAAUCUGCUGGCUCCAGAACAAGAGGAGAAACGCAACGCCCAGCGCUCCAGAUGCAACGGCCGCCAGAUCAACUCCUGGCUGCAGGAGGUCGAUGAUAAAUGGGAGAAGAUUAAAGAAGUAAUGCUACGUCGUCAGAACAUGGAGGCAGAAACACUGCACGCCUCACAAAUAAUGGAAUGGGAGUGGAAACUGAAAGAUUUUGGCCUGUGCGAGUUCAACUCUAACCCUAAGAUCGAUCCUGUGCACGUGCCUCAGAUUCACGUAUCGAAUUUUGAUUUGCGCGCUUAAAUAUCUUUUUUAAAUUUAACCAUCUGUGUGUCCGCGUCACCAAUAAGGAGUUAUAAUACCCAUUAAGGGAUGUAACUAAUAUAACAUGAGAACAACACAAAUAAAAACAUCUGUAAUAGGAUUAUUUUUUCUCCAAAAUAACUAAAUUAAUUAAAUUAUUCAAUACUAACAAAACUUCGAAUUAAUUGAAAUAUACUAUCAUCAUGCAAUUUGUUUUUAAAAAUAUUACAACAACAACUUAUGCCCGUAACUCAGAGGGGUAGGCAGACACCACAGACUUCAAUUUGACGCAGACCUGACAAACUUUUCUUGCUUAUUCUAAAUUCAUACAUAUACAUUGGUUUCGGGCAAUACUUAAAAACAUUACAAUGAAAUUAAAAACUCAGCACAGCAUCAAAUAUUAUAAACCAAAUAAAUAACAGUUAUAAUUAAAAAAAACAGACAAUGGACAUCAAAAUUUGAAUAGUUUUAGUUACACCCCUUAUCAGUAUUGGUGAGACGGCUCAACGGGGGCGCAUAGUUAAAAUUCGAAACCUCUGAAAUCUCAAAUAUUCUGGUACCUGAUGAUCCAUAAUUUGUCAUCAUUUAACUUUUAAAUUAAAAAUGGAUUGUCAGUUCUCUGAAUAUUACGUUCUUUCAUAUUUCGGUAACCGAUGGAUCUAUUGUUUCAAUAUUUAGAUUGCCUGUUACCUUAAUAUGUUUUUUUUUUAAUUUUUUUUCGUUUAAUUUAAGAGAAAGUAAAACUUAACUUGUGUAACAUUGAUUGGUGUUUGGGUGCAAUUUAUGAAGCUAAGCUGAAUAGUUUAUUGUAGAUUGCAAUACUUUGGAUAAAUACGCGGGAAAGGGUAAGUGAGACUUGCCUAAAAUUAUAAAUACAAUUAUCUGACAUAAUUCUUGUCAGAACAAUUGAUAUGAUAGAUACAAAACUAACAUUUUUUUCUAAUUUUCAUUUGGAUUUGAAUUUUUAUUCGUACAAUUUUUUAUUUUGUCUACAAUAUUUUUUUAAGUUUUUCAUUUUUUUAAGCUCAAAUGCACUGUGCGUGUUUCCGAAAUGCAUAUUUUGGAAACCGACAAUGUGUCAAAAAGCUGUUUUGUACUUAUUUAUUAACAGAGUAACUGAACCGGUGGACAUAAGUGAAACUAAAUAACAGCUCACUAGCGCCCUUCAUUCAUUCCAUGUCUGUAGUCAUUUUCUAUGUCUACGUAGAUUUUAUAUAUGUUCUGACAAAACCUAGAACGACAGCAGCGCUCUCACCAGUUCAGAUAUCCUUUUUUGAUUAUACAGGUUGAUUUUUUUAAUUUUUCCGUUUUUAUCAGCUGGCAUAUUCUGGCCUCUAGGCCUAUGUAUGUAGGUUAUAUUACAGUUCAUCAGUAGUUUCAUAGAUAAAUGAUUCAAUUUUAAUUCACAUCUGAAAUUGUAUAUCACAUUUACUAAUAAUCGUAAAUUGAAACUACCAUUAAUUUUGACCUUGUGUCAUAUAGAUGUAGGAAAAUAACAACUGUCAGAUUUUGAUUUAAAUAAAAGUUCAUAUAUUAAUAGUAAACAUAAUUUAGAACAUGAUGUAUAGAACAGUAUUAUGUUUCAUUUGUUACUUAUUUUAAAUGUACCCUUGGGUUCUCACAUGUAAAACAUCUAUUCGAAAAUUUCUAGUUCUUCCACGGAUAAACAUAUCUGUAAUUUUUUUUCCUUAUUUAUUGAAAUUUCUUGCUACACUUACCAUCCCCUUAAUAGGUCAACAGUGUUAGUUAUAUGAACAUAUAUUUACUUAAAAUUUGACAGGUGUUAUUUAAAUAUUAUUUGCCAACUUUGCUAUUUACAUAAAAAAAGGUAAUUAUUUUAUACAAUUUAUUUUCGAUGCUAUAUUCUGGUCUUUACACAUUAUAUAUAAUUUUCUUUUUUAUUAAUAAAAAAAGUAUCUUUCUCAAGUAAAAUAUAUAUAAAUUAUAUGUAAAUCGUGUAAUAGAUUUUUUUAAAAUUAAGCAAGUUGGCAAAUUUAUUAUGUAGUUAUAAGUGUUUCAAAUAUAAAUGUCUAAAUGUUAUUCUUCUAUAGUCGACCUCAGACCUUUUGCAUUUUAUUGGAGCAAAUUAAUUUUGAAAAUAUUAGGUAAUUCGAAUUUAAUCAAAUGUAAGGGUUCAAUACAAAAGAAAUUAUUUUUUAUUUUAGAUAUUUCUUUAGUACUUUUAAUAUAUUGGUGUGGAAGAGAAAUGUUAAACAACAAACAAAUUGUUAUGGCAGAUAAUAAAUACAAAUAAUUUUAGAACAUUAGAUCUGCCCAAUUUCUGGGGGAAUGCGAGAAGACUGGAUACAUUAAGCUCCUAUGUUUGAUAUAUUGAAUAGAAAAAAACACUAAGUAUUAACUAUUAUUUAAAAAUUAUUUAUUCAACUGUUAAAUUAAGUUUUGUUGAAAUUAUGAAGAAAAAAAAUUGCUUUAAUAAAUUGUAAAAGGCCAUUAAUUCGUAGAAACUUUCUGUGAUGCACCUUACCAUUGUUUUGAUUUGUUUAGAAAUCAGUGGUUCGUUAUAAUUACUUGUUAAUUGGGGGGAUUUUAAAUUAUAUUGAUUUCUCCAUAAUUUGUUAUUUAUGAUAUUCACACAUGAAUGUUCUGAUAGACUUUGAUUUAUUUCCAAAAUCAACUAAAAAAAAAUUGCAGGUAACAUAACAUUGAGACUGGGAUAUCUUUUUUAUCAAUUUUUUGUUGCACUAAUUUAAAUUAUCAAAAAUAUAAUUCAUAAGUUAACAGUCAAGUUACAGAUCUCAAUUAAUAUAUUUUCCUAAUCUCUAUUGUCCUCAAAUUUCAUAAUACAUGUUAUUGGUGUCUAUAUUAUAAUCUGUGUCAAAUUUA